AUGCAGGUGCGCUCUCUGCAGUCUCCACAGCCUCGUCUCUACCCGGCAGUGCGCGCUCUGACCUCGGCUCGGAGCAGGAUGGUGCAGGCGGUGCCCGCGGGCAGAGUGGCGGCUGCGCUCGGCCUGGCGGUGUCUGUCAUGUUCGUGUCCCACGGCGGGCCUCUGGUGGACGCUGACAACAGCGGGGAGUUGUCCUGGGUGAGCAGCGGGCUCCAGGGCGCAGCAGGGCGGACUGCGCUGUGCCUCUGUGCCGUGGCGUGUCUCCUAGUGCUGGGAUGGCUCUACCGCCUGCUCUUCAGCCCGCUGGAGCUGCUCAGGACCCCGGACCAAGUGGGAUACAUCGUGCCAGAGGGGCGCUCCAGAGCCCAGGCCGUGAACGACGUCCGGCGGCGGAGACAGACCGGGGAGCUGCCGCCUGUGUAUCCCAACGGCUGGUACCGCGUCCUGGACUCGCACCUGCUGCUCCGCGGGGACGUGCGCAGCCUCACGGUGCUCGGUCAGCAGGUGGCAGUGUUCCGGGGCCAGGAGGGGAAGGCCUACGUGCUGGACGCCUACUGCCCGCACCUGGGGGCCAACCUGGCAGUGGGGGGCCGGGUGGUGGGCAAGUGCCUCGAGUGCCCCUUCCACGGAUGGCAGUUUGAGGGCAGCGACGGAAAGUGUGCCAGGAUCCCGUACGCAGAGAAAGUACCAGAUUUUGCCAGAGUGCGGCGCUGGCCCAGUGUGGAGGCCAACGGUCAGAUCUACGUGUGGUUCCACUGUGACGGAGCAGAGCCGCAGUGGGAGCUCCCGGAGCAGCCGGAGAUCAGGCGAGGGGAGUGGGUGUACAGGGGCCGCACGGAGCACUACGUCAGCGCACACAUACAGGAGAUCCCAGAGAACGCCGCAGACAUCGCCCACCUGGGUCACCUGCACCAGCCCGGCAUGAUCGGAGGAGUAGACCUGCGCUACACCAAGAACAAAGCCUGGAAAUUUAUGCAACAUGACUGGAAGGUGGAGUGGCUCCCGGAGCCGGAGCCACACUCUCACUGCUCUCAGAUGCUGGUCAAACACGCCAUGUACCUGUUUGGAGUGCACUGCUCCCUACUGGACGUCAGUGUGGUGGCUCGACAGACGGGCCCUGGUGUAGUGUUCAUCCGCUUCGACCACCGCUUCCUGGGGUCAGGGGUCAUCAUGCACUGUGUCACACCCCUGGAGCCUCUGCUGCAGCUGGUCACACACACCAUCUUCUACCAGGCCAGCAUCCCCACGCCCGUGCCCAAGUUCAUCCUCAUGUCUGAGUGCAUACAGUUUGAGCGAGAUGUGAUGGUGUGGAACAAUAAGAAGUACAACCCCAGUCCCAUGCUGGUGAAGGAGGACAGCGCCAUCUUGAGGCACCGGCGCUGGUUCAGUCAGUUCUACAGUGAGAACAGCCCACGCUUCCAGUACCACAAGGACUCCUUGGACUUCUGAGCCCAGCACAGCAGCCUGUGUGUGGGCUGAGGGCCGCGGACUGUGGGCUGUCUCCUGGACGACACGGCCGCACGAGGAGUCUUCACAUGAUGAAGAGUUAAAGGGCACACACUAUGCAAAAUGAAUAGUUUGUAUUUUUGGGCUCAUUGGGCUCCACAGUUUUCCAGCCAGAAGUUAACAAACUUGUUUUAUUAAGUCGUUUUAGAUCAAUGUUCUGAUUUAAAGGAUCCACACAGGAUUGUACUGUUUACUGGUCUAAGUCAUAAUGUUAAACACAGACCUGGAGUCGUGUUUUGUUUCACUCACACAUGUUUAACACACAAACCCUGCAUAUUUAGUCUGAGUUCUUCUCUCAAACAAAAAAAAAAACAACAUUCCACCUCCACCUUGUGAAGGUCGCUGUUAACUACUAUUAAACUACUGCUUCAUGACAUCACAAAGUGAAACAGAGCUUUUUGAGCUGUGGAGAUGUAGACAGACAAAUAGUAAAAGGUUACUCAAACAUGUGAAUGAAACAAAACAGCCCCAGGUCUGUUUGUGAUGAGGUAACAGCAAUGGAACAUGGUUUAAAGUUCACAAGAGUCAAUUGUGUGUAAUUUAGGAUGUUUAAAAUGUCCAAAAUAUAACAUCAUGGUCUUCUUUUAAGACAGAUGCCUUUUGUGUCUUCAUCUAAACAAAUGUGCAUUCUUCUCCAGAGCCUGGUGUACAUAUAAACAUACACAACACACACACAACCAGACUCAUGUUGAUUGGUUCAGUGUCUAAACUGAAACGUCCCUACAGUCCAUUUCCCUUCAUGGCCAACAGAGGGCGACUGACACAAUGUUUUUUUGUGUUUCCUGAAAUGCAGAUAUUUAUACAUAUUGUAAGUUCUACAAAUUGAAAUAGCAAAUGCUGAGGUGUUUGUAAGUAUUUGAGAUUGUUUGAAUAAACCAUGACCA